AUGUGCGUUUACGAGUGUAUGUUCACCGAAUUUGGGAUGAACUUCCCUCUGUCUCCUCUAUUUUUGCAAUUUGCGGCUGAUCGUGGCGUUCCUACGAGUCAACUGACCCACGGCGUGGUUCGCCACAUCGUUUUUACCGAGGCCCUGGCUAGAGCCGCCGGAGUUGUAUUCGACCGUCUCUUAUUUCGAGCACGACCGUCCAGGCGAGCGAGACCGAACGGCGAACUCAAGGAGAAGUUAGGCUGCUGA